GGGUAGGAAGCCUAAAGGAACUCACAUUGUGCAUAAACCAGGUUUGCUUCCCAGCAUUUCUAGCAAACAGGAAUCUGAGAAAGCGGAUUUCUCCCCCUGGCGUUCCUCCACCCUCUCCAAAUGGUCCUGUUUCAAGCUUUUCCUGGGGAGUGUUGGAAAGGUUCAGUUUGGUGCCUCAAAUGUCUUUCAUGGUGGGGCUGGAAAGACCCCCAAGAAUCUUUCAGCUGCCAGUGGAGCUGAGCUGCACUUCCCCAGAAGACACCCCCCAAAAUGAGGGCAGGGGAGCAAGGGAUGAUGGGAGGGAGGGACAGAUGUUGCACUGAGCCUAAAACAUAUCUUGAUUUUGUCCCCCCUCCAAACUGUUACUUUGUCUUGAUUUUGAUUAAACAAUCACAGUUACUAAGUGAGAACAAUCUGUGUAAUUCCUGAAGUUUGCUUUCCUUUCCACCUCAGAAAUAAAAGCUGGAGGUCACUUGGGAGCUGAAUGACUUGAAAAACUUCUCCUGGCCUCUCUGUGCAAUUCAUGCAGAUCCUAGGACUGAAAAGACCUUUGGAGGCCCAGGAGAUCCGCAGGCCCCUUCUGGAUCUAUGUUAGAGAACGGACCGAACAUGGACGCAAACCAGCCAGCGUGCGAGGGAGUGGGAAAAGGCCGUGCUGCUGCUCAGCCCGGGAGCUGUGGGGAGGUCUGGACAGGAACCGGGCAGAAGAUCCUGGAGGAGGAAGCCUUCAGCUCUGAGAUCCAGCACUGGUGCUUCAGGAACAGUCCCUUUCAGGAGGCUGAGGGGCCGCGAGAGCUUUGCAGCCGCCUUCACCGCCUUUGCUGGGGGUGGCUGCAGCCAGAGAAACACACCAAGGCCCAGAUGUUAGACCAGGUGAUCUUGGAGCAGUUUCUGGCUGUCCUGCCCAUGGAGAUGCAGUGCUGGGUACGGGAGUGCCGAGUGGAGACCAGCUCCCAGGCGGUGGCCCUGGCCGAAGGCUUCCUCCUGAGCCUGGCGGAGGAGGAGCAGGAAGGGCGCCAGGUUCCUAGGGCCUUCCAGGAGGUAGGCGUUAAUUGUCCGAAGGAAAGGGUGGAUCCUGUAAAUCCCUGUCAGGAGUCAUAUUUCAGAGGGAUCUCCAAAGAGGAGGGCCAACAUCAGGACACCUCAUUAGAGAACAAAAUGGAGUCACUGUUAUUCAUUGGAUCAUCUACUUGUACUGGUGAAGCUGAAAGAGCAGCUGGACCUCCAGCUCAGGGUCCUGUGUCCUUUGAGGAGGUGGCCGUUCAUUUCACCAGUGAAGAGUGGUCGCUGCUGGAUUCCAGCCAAAAAGCCCUGCACCGAGAAGUCAUGUUGGAGACGUCUAGGAGCGUGGCCUCCUUAGUUGAUGAGGAGGUGAAUGAAAAUUGCCAAGAGCCAAGUGUAGUGCCAUCAGAAAUAAUCAAAACUGAAAUACCAGAAGAGACUUUUGCAGAUAAGUGGGGAAGGAGGAGAUAUGAGAAAAACCAAUCCUACAACUGGAGAGAAAAAUCCACUAUUGAAUGUGAGGAAAUGGAUCACUUUCUCACCCAACAUGAUUGCAAAGAAAGCAGUGUGGGAAAGUGUCGAAGAAGUGGUGAAGUAGUCCAAGCAAAAUCCAUUUCAAAUAAUCACUGCAAAAUUGGAAAGAGCUUCAGCAAUAACAUUAUUCCCCACAAAAUGAUCCAUGGAAGGGAGAAGCCCUAUAAAUGUGUGAACUGUGGAAAGAGCUUUAGGUGGAGUAGUAAUCUAACCUCCCAUAAAAGGAUCCAUUCAGGGGAAAAGCCCUAUAAAUGCAUAGAUUGUGGAAAAAGCUUCCGUAUGAACAGUUCCCUUAUUUUUCAUAAAAGGAUCCAUACGGGAGAGAAACCCUAUAAAUGCGUAGAUUGUGGGAAAAGCUUCAGUAUAAGCAAUUCCCUUAGUUAUCAUAAAAGGAUCCAUACAGGGGAGAAACCAUAUCAGUGUAUAGAGUGUGGGAAGAGGUUCAGCCAAAGCAGUUCCCUUACUUCCCAUAAAAGGGUCCACACAGGAGAGAAACCCUAUAAAUGCACAGAGUGUGGAAAGAGCUUCAGUUAUAGUGGUUCCCUUACUUCGCAUAGCAGGAUCCAUUCAGGGGAAAAACCUUAUAAAUGCACAGACUGUGGAAAAAGCUUCAGUAUGAAGAGUUCCCUUAUUUCUCAUAAAAGGAUCCAUACGGGAGAGAAACCCUUUCAAUGCAUAGAGUGUGGAAAGAACUUUAGCACAAGCAGUGACCUUAAUUCCCAUAGCACAAUCCACACAGGGGAGAAAAAAUAUGCAUGCAUGAUGUGUGGAAAGAACUUCAGGUCAAGGAAACAACUUACUUCCCAUAAAAGGAGGAUGCAUACAGCGGAAAAACCCUAUAAGUGCACGGACUGUGGAAAAAGCUUCAGUAUGAACAGUUUCCUUAGUUCUCAUAAAAGAAUCCAUAUGGGAGAGAAACCCUAUCAAUGCAUAGAGUGUGGGAAGAACUUCAACACAACCAAUGACCUUACUUCCCAUAAAAGGGUCCACACAGGAGAGAAACCCUAUCAAUGCCUGGAGUGUGGAAAGAGCUUCAGUAUGAACAGUUCCCUUACUUGUCAUAAAAGGAUCCAUACAGGAGAGAAAAAAUAUGCAUGCAUGGUGUGUGGAAAGAGCUUCAUGUGGAGCAAUCAACUUACUUCCCAUAAAACAAUGCAUACAGGGGAAAAACCCUAUAAAUGCAUGGACUGUGGAAAAAGCUUCAGUAUGAACAGUAAGCUUCAGUAUGAACAGUUCAUGCAUACAGGGGAAAAACCCUAUAAAUGCAUGGACUGUGGAAAAAGCUUCAGUAUGAACAGUUCCCUUACUUCUCAUAAAAGGAUCCAUACAGGAGAGAAACCCUAUCAAUGCAUAGAGUGUGGAAAAAGUUUCAGUAAGAACAGUUCCCUUACUUCUCAUAAAAGGGUCCAUACAGGAGAGAAACCAUAUCAAUGCAUGGAGUGUGGGAAGAACUUCAGCAGAAGCAGUGAGCUUACUUCCCAUUAUACGGUCCACACAGGAGAGAAACCCUAUCAAUGCAUAGAGUGUGGAAAGAGUUUCAGUAAGAACAGUUCCCUUACUUCUCAUAAAAGGAUCCAUACAGGAGAGAAACCCUAUAAAUGCAUAGAGUGUGGAAAGAGCUUCAGUAUGAGCAGUUCCCUUACUUCUCAUAAAAGGAUCCAUACGGGAGAGAAACCCUAUAAAUGCAUAGAAUGUGGGAAGAGCUUCAGCACAGGAUGUAACCUUACUUCCCAUAAAAGGAUACAUACGGGAGAGAAACCCUAUAAAUGUAUGGAGUGUGGGAAGAACUUCAGGACAAGCUGUAACCUUACUUCCCAUAAAAGGAUCCAUAUGGAAGAGAAACCUUACAAAUGCAUGGAGUGUGGGAAGAGCUUCAGGACAAGGUGUAAUCUUACUUCCCAUAAAAGGAUCCAUGUAGGAGAGAAACCCUAUAAAUGCAUAGAAUGUGGGAAGAGCUUCAGCACAAGCAGUGACCUUACUUCCCAUAAAAGGCUUCACCCAGGGGAGCGACCAUAGAAAUGUCCUCAAUGUAGAAAAAAGUUUUUGUGAAAACAGGACCCUUACUUCUCAUAACAGUAUCCAUAUUGGAGAGAAAAAAAUAUACAUGCAUGAUGUGUGGAAAAAAUAUGGUGCAAUCUACUUACUUCCCAUAAAAGGACCCAUAUAGGGAAACAUAGAAAGGGAUGGAAUGCAAACAGAGCUUCAGUCAAGAAUUGUGAACUGAUUUCUCUUAACAGGCUCCACAUGAGGGAAAUAACAUGCAUGCAUGUAGCAUGUGAAGAGCUUCAAGUGGAUUUUGUAUAUGUACGUGUGUGCCUUCAAGGUAGUUUUUGACUCCUGGUGACUGCCUGGACUAGUCCCUGCAGUUUUCUUGGCAAGGUUUUUUGGAAG